AUUCUAAAUUACAAUAUUUAUUGUAAAUAGUUUCAAUUUCAUACAUAAAAUGAUUCCAUGUGAAUUUAAAUUAUAAGACUAUCCAUGUUAGUAAAUAUAACCUUAAAAUAAUAACAGUCAACUGUCAAUGUUAAUAAAACAAUUUAAAAAUGUUCGACGAAGUUGAUCCUGAAACAUCAAUAUGCGAUUCAGUUGCGUCGUUGGUGGAAGGAUGUCGUUUACCAGUUCGAAUGCAAGGAAGCGAAGAUUGGCCUCUAGCAGAGCUUGUCAGCAUCAAAGAUGUACGAGGCGUUAAAUGGUAUUAUGUUCACUAUAUUGACUUUAACAAACGUCUGGAUGAAUGGGUAACAGAAGAAAAUUUAGAUACACGUAAAGUACAAUUUCCACGCCGUGAUGGAACGAGCAACACAACGGGUGUUUCUACACCACAGAAAAAACAUAUUGGCGGGGGUGGGGGUGGUAGUGGAAAUUUUUCAUCCGUACCGAAUAGUACAGAUCGUUUAAGUGUGAAACAAGAAGUAUCACGACCAAGUAGUCCAUUGGGUUCCAGUUCUGAUUCGAGUGGAUUGAUGAAUGGAAGUGCUGUGUUAGCAGCUGCUCUGCAAAAGAAAAUGAAUCGUAAACGUAAGGGUACCACAAUUGAAAAUGAAGAUUCACAGGAAGCGUUAAAUGCAGCUACAGGUGGACAAAGCGGCCCAAGAAUGUCGGGGAGUAUGGUAUCACAUCAUGAUGAUAUUGUAACACGAAUGAAAAAUGUUGAAAUGAUUGAAUUGGGUAGACAUCGUAUUAAGCCGUGGUAUUUUGCACCUUACCCUCAAGAGAUGGUACAUUUGCCAUGUAUAUACAUUUGUGAGUUUUGUUUGAAAUAUAGAAAAAGUAGAAAAUGUUUGGAACGACAUUUAGAUAAAUGCAAUUUACGCCACCCGCCAGGCAAUGAAAUAUAUCGAAAAAGUAGUAUAUCAUUCUUUGAAAUUGAUGGUAGAAAGAAUAAAUGUUAUGCACAAAAUUUAUGUUUAUUAGCAAAAUUAUUUUUGGAUCACAAAACAUUAUAUUAUGAUACAGAUCCAUUCUUAUUUUAUGUGAUGACAGAAUUUGAUAAUCGUGGUUUUCAUAUUGUUGGAUAUUUUUCAAAAGAGAAAGAAUCUACGGAAGAUUAUAAUGUUGCAUGUAUUUUAACGCUGCCGCCAUAUCAGCGUAAAGGCUAUGGAAAAUUGCUUAUCGAAUUUAGUUACGAACUAUCAAAAUUUGAAGGUAAAACUGGAUCCCCCGAAAAACCAUUAUCUGAUUUAGGUUUAUUAUCGUAUCGUAGUUAUUGGGCGCAGACAAUAAUUGAUAUUUUAUUAACAAUGAAACCAGUUGGUGACAACGAAAAACCACAAAUUACUAUUAAUGAAAUAUGUGAAAUGACUAGUAUUAAAAAAGAGGAUGUGAUAUCGACAUUACAAAAUUUAUCAUUAUUACAUUAUUAUAAAGGACAAUAUAUAAUAUCAGUAAGUAAAGAUAUAAUUGAUAGUCAUCGUAGUGCAAUGGACAAACGAUCUGUACGAAUUGAUCCCAAAUGUUUACAUUGGACACCUAAAGAUUGGGGAAAACGAGCAAAAUGGUGAUAAACAAUUUUAAAUAAGUCAAAU